CGCAUUAUGCUACAUAAUACAGGUCGAGUUUAAAAAUAAAGAGGCGAGUUUAAUAGGAGCUAGGCGGCGCUUUACUGAGGCAGGUGCGGGCUUUAACAGGAGCAUGACAGCCCGCUAUUCAGCUUGCGAUAUUAACCUUUAACUAUUUAACGUUAUGUCACCAGCGUCAGUAGAGUGCUUUACACUAAUUACGCAGAUGUUUGUUUAACAUAUUGAUAUACAAGAUGUCGGACUUUGUAAACGAGAAAAUAAUCGUUCUGCUUGGAGAAAAUGGAAAUGGUAAAAGUUCAACUGGAAAUACGCUUCUUGGACGUCAGGAAUUUAAGACAAAACCAGCCAUGGAUACGACACGUUUUAUAAGUAAUGUUGAAAUAGCAAAGUGCUCGAGGCAAAUUUCUCAUCAUUUUUUCGAUUUGGACAUUGUCGACACUCCCGGGCUUUUUCAAUCUAAAAAUAUUGCGGCGACAACUUUGAAGCUGCGUAAAGUAGCAUACUUGAAGCCACACGUGUUUGUUCUAGUUCUACGAUCUGAUCAUUUCACUGAAGAUGAAAAAUACACAUCCAAGAUGCUUGAAAUAGUAUUUGGUGACCAUAUAUUUGAACACACUAUGAUAGCACUAACGCACAGUGGUGAAUUAAUAAGUGAGCAGCACUUUGUUACUUUAAAGAAGCAGUCCGAUUUUUUCAGAGAGCUUUGUAAACUAUGUGGAGAACGUGUAAUUUUAAUUGAUAACGCGGAAAAUGUAUUUGAUUUCGAUAGGUUCAUUUCCUUCGCAAACCAGAUAGCACCGUUUGGACAGUUUGUCUGUGAUUUAAAGUACACAAAUACCCUAAAGUUGGUCUUACAAGAUUAUCUCCAAAACAACAGUGCUAACAACAGCAUUGAAGCCCAGCUUAAAGAAGUGAACGAAGAACUGUGUCGCCGAUUGCCAAACAAGAAAGGGAAGUGCAAGAUUGUUAUAGUCGGAAAAAUUGGAAAUGGAAAAAGCGCGACUGGAAACACUCUGCUCGGGAGGGAUGAAUUUAAGUCGAUAUUUAGUGCAAUAGGGGUGACAACUGAUGUAGUAAGUUCCAGGUGUGUGCGAAACAUCAGGGAUUCCGAGAGGGUGAUUGACAUCAUUGACACCCCCGGUUUGUUUGAAUGUGGGAAAGUAACGAAAUCAGUGGACAAAGUUAUAGGUGUUGUACACAUGAUGCCAAACGUCUUUGUGCUUGUGCUGAAAGCAGGUCGAAUCUCGGAGGAUGAAAGAUAUACGGUUGAUUUGCUGAGGAUUAUAUUUGGAGAGCACGUUUUUGAGCACAUCAUUAUAUUGAUAACACAUGGGAGUAAAUUUAAGAACGACGAAGAUCUCGCCAUGUUUUUGAGUGAAUCUGAAUUUGUCAACAAUCUUGUUAAACUGUGUGGAGAUCGAGUAUUGAAAAUCGACAACAAAAGAAGGUAUUUUGAUACCGACACAUUUUUUAGAUUUGUAGAUCAGAUAGAACAAAAGCCGUUCUACACACACGAGCAUAUAAAGGACCACCAAGAGGUUAUCCGAAAUCAUCUCAAAAGGUAUAACAAUGAUCAGACCUUAUCAGUUCAGCUCCAAGGAAUUAGUGUUGAACUAGGUAAUCGUCUACAAAAGUGGACGGUUCCGCUGAUCGCAGGUGCGGCCGUCGUAUGCGUAGGUGGGUACUUGUUGUAUAAAAACGAUGACGGUUCUGUUCCUGCUUCCGGUGGCGUUACUUCGGCGUUGACUUUAAUGGGCGCUUAUGCGACUGCACCCGAAAUUCCAGUUUUAGCACAGCAAGCAGCGUCUUCCGAACGAAGCAGGUCGGCCAUUGAUAAAUUUAAAGCAACGGCUUGGCGACUUUUUACGGGUGAAAAAUAAAACAAUUUAUCUUUGAGCAUUUAGUGGUAUAAAGGAGACUAGGUUUAAGUAUCAAAGUCCAGUAACCAUUAUUGAACAAUUCUUUAUUGAUUUUGUCCAACAUAUUUUGCGAAACAAUGUUCGACACAAUAAAUUAAAGAACGCAUACCACCUCUUAAUAACGUAAGUGAAAAUUGGUUCAUGUAAAAACAACAAUAGAUUUUGAGAUUCCCAUUUGUGUUUCUGCUCAAAUAUAUUAACAGAGUUUAUCAAAACUUGUCUCUUUUCCCUGAACUCUGAAGAUCGAUGUCAACGUUUUGGGUCAAACCAAUACUUCGGGGGCAUUUCGGGUGACAGCAUUGUUUAUGUAUCUGAAAAUAUUCAAAUAAAAACAAUGGCGGAUAAAAUAUUUUAGAACACAUU